GUUUAUUGAGGAGAGCAGAGUUGGGUCGCCUCCUGAGAGCUUCGACACAGCAGUCGCAGCAGACAGAGCAGAGCAACAUCCACGGAACUUUUAGGGGAAGCAACCAAUCAGUUUCUCUAUCAGUCUCUCUCUGUCUCUCUCAUUGCUCGAGCGACUGCCGAAGCCGAAGGAAUGGAACGCCAGUUGCUGUGCUGUGAAGUGGAGACCAUCCGGAGAGCUUACCAAGACUCGAACCUGCUCAACGACAGAGUUCUGCAGACCAUGCUAAAAGCCGAAGACAGCUAUCUCCCAGCAACGAACUACUUCAAAUGUGUACAGAAAGAGAUUGUACCUUGCAUGAGGAGAAUUGUUUCUACGUGGAUGCUGGAGGUGUGUGAGGAACAGAAAUGCGAAGAGGAGGUUUUUCCCCUCGCUAUGAAUUUUUUGGACAGAUAUUUGUCUGUUGAACCGACAAAGAAGACCCGACUACAAUUAUUGGGAGCUACCUGCAUGUUUCUGGCGUCUAAAAUGAAGGAGACCAUUCCGCUAACCGCAGAGAAGUUAUGCAUAUACACUGACAAUUCCAUCCGACCAAUCGAUUUGCUGCAAAUGGAACUACUAGUAUUGAACAAACUGAAAUGGGAUCUAGCCUCAGUGACUCCGCACGAUUUCAUAGACCAUUUCCUCUCCAAACUACCCAUCCAUCAGGACACAGAGCAAAUCCUGCGCAAGCAUGCCCAGACCUUUGUGGCCCUCUGUGCUACAGAUGUCAAAUUCAUUGCCAACCCUCCGUCAAUGAUCGCAGCGGGCAGUGUGGCGGCUGCUGUGCAGGGGCUGCAUCUGAAGAUGGACGAUGCAAUGUCAUCCCAGCAACUGACUUACUUCCUGUCCCAAGUCAUCAGAAGUGACCCGGACUGUCUACGGGCGUGUCAAGAACAGAUCGAGUCCUUAUUGGAGACCAGUCUCCGUCAGGCACAGCAACACACUGUUUCCACGGACACCAAGAGCAUGGAUGAGGAGGUGGACCUCUCGUGCACGCCUACGGACGUGAGAGAUGUGAACAUCUGAGUGGGACAGUGUUGUCUGGUGCACUCCAAGGAGAGGCCAUAGAUGGAGGAGAGGGCUUCGGGAGAGAGAAGAGGAUGCGCUGAUUGACACUGUCUCAGCAGCACCGCUCCCCGCUGACUGCYCUCUCACCUACUUACAUACCUGUGCUCAUAGCACAGGGACUGGUCUGGCCUGGCCUGAACGUCUUGUCUGGCUCCCAACGUGUGUUGUAAGGGAUCAGCCAGGGCUUCAUUCCUACAUUGCUCUCUGUCCCUUCACUGGUUUAAGGCAGCAUAAAUUGGGCGUGUUUCCAAAACAAGCUUGAAUAAGAGAAGAAAAUUAGAUGUAGGGCUGUAUGUGCAACAUAGACAAACUAUAGAAUAAUGAACCAGGUCUUCUUUUUGUUCAACAGAUUGAGUACCGUACACCUGCAAUUUCUCACAUAAAAAGCUAGUUUCAAGUUGUUUGAUGACAUAGACGUUUUAAAGAGUGUUAAACCCACUUCUAACGGAGCAUAUGUUUCGCUGUGCCUGGUUUGUUUGGUAUGUCCAUGCUUGCCUCAACGUUUAACCAACUUUGAGAUAUUGUUUAGAAAAUUGGUCUUCUAACCUCCUCUUAUUUUUAAAUGGAGAAUGUAACCAUAUACAAUGUAUUUUGUUUAGCAUACUUUUUCAAUUAUCAUCAGAGGACUGUGGAUUACCUCUGUCAUAACUGCUGAGACUCUGCCUUCGGAAGACAGCAAGCUAACCAGUAAGGUACAGUUACUUCAGAAUGUCGUCAGGAAAAAGUCUUCAUUCUAUUGUACUGAAUACUUGCAUCAUUGCAUUCUGCUACAGAAUGAUUAGCUAGCUGUCCUGUAUGCUCUCUCUAUGUAAGCUAACAUAGUCCACAGUCUUUAUAGAAUUGUUACUCUGUCUUACUUUCUAAAAACAUUCCAUCGGAAAAGCACUUUGGGUCAAUAACUCUUUACUGACUAUUUUUGAGAAGAAUGGAAUGGUUUGGGAACAACGACAGACUUGCCUCUGGGAUGUCUAAAUAUGGUGUUAUGUGGGAAAGGCAGGACAUAGUAGGAUGUUUUGGGGAAGUCUAAUCUAUUUAUCCAGCUAUAGUACCUGGACCCAAGCUUUCUUAAUAGUAAAGACACAGUGAAAGAUGGCGGUGCCAUCCUCAGAAGCAGGCACCUUUCUAUCAGUUCUUCUCAUGACAGUUGAUGACAGAUUUGGAAUUUUCUAACUGCUUGAAUUGAAUCUGAAGCUUGUAAUUUAUAGUUACAUGAACAACAACUAUUUAUUGCACAAUAUUCUAUUGUCAAGGCCAGUGUGGAUCAUGAUGACAGAAGGCUAUUUCAUGUCAAUAUGUCAAACCAUUCAAUACUUUGAAAGGCAUGCGAAGUGGAAGUAAACUCAAAAUAUUACUAUGAAAUCAUUGCAUUGGCUUAGUGUACUGAAUGUUGAGGAAAAGCUCAAAUUAAAAAACUAAAUGUUUUAAAUUUUCACCUGUCAUAAAAUAAACAUUUACAGGGCUUUUAUAUCAUUUUGCACAAACUCAUAUAUGUCUUUUUUGUAUUGUUAGAGAUCUGUGGAGGAUGAAUCUGGAAGACAUGACUGAAGUUGCUAAGGGGUUGCUAGGGGAGUGAUAGGGGGGCAGGAAGUACAGUGUGUGGGUAAACUGCAGAAUCAAUGCGUUUGAUUGUAUAAUGACAGAAAAGUAACGAGUGAACACUCCUUAUAAUGAGGCUGCUAUGGAGGAAUAUUCCCAGCAAAGUUUCACGACUAAAUGAAAUUAAAAAUAAAAUAAAAACAAUUCUUUUUUUCCCUUAUCAAUUGUUUGCUGCUACUUUGUAGAUAUUCUUAUUAAAAUGUCAAUAUACUGCCAUGUAAUAAAAUUAAUUUUCUCAUAGAAAAUUAUAUGAUAUUAUUGAUGUUGUCCUUCUUUCAUAGUUGUAUUGGUAUGUGAUCUGAUUUUUUUUAAACUCUUGUUUUAUGAUUUCUGCUUUAUUCAAAUUGUUUUUCAAAUAGAGCUCCUGUUUCCUUCACAAUACCUCAUGCCACAGACACAAUUAUCUGUUCAUUUCAUCUGAGUUUUACUAUUUUAUUUGCCUAUGAUGAUAGUUCUGGUAUAACAUUAUAAU